ACCCAAUAUAUAUAAAAAGGACAAGCGUGAAACUCACUCUGCUUAAAAUCAAUCCCUCUUUCCCACCUUUUCUACCUCUCUUGCUAUUUUUGCACUCUCUCACUCACUAAAAAAGCAUAGAGAGAGAGAAAGAGAGUCAGUCAUGGGUGUGAGACUGAGACUCCGCGUUUCUUUUGUAUAAUGAACAGAGAACUAAAACCUCUUCUUCUCAGAAGAAGAUGGCAGUUCAACAACAAAACGAGCAACUAAGAGUACAACAACAACAAGAAAACCCUUCAUUUUUGCUGGAUGCUUUGUACUGUGAGGAAGAGAGAUGGGAAGAAGAAGAAGAAGAAGUUGUACAAGUUUCACAUGGAGAGAGUGGGAUUUAUAGUAGCACAGACAAUAAUAAUGUCAACAACCCUUCUCUAUUUCCUUUGCUCUUGUUGGAACAAGAUCUGUUCUGGGAAGAUGAGGAGCUUCAAUCUCUCUUCUCCAAAGAACUAGUACAGCAACUAAACCAUGGCAAUGUGGAAACAGACUCUGCUCUCUCUGUAGCUCGUCGUGAAGUUGUGGAGUGGAUGCUCAAAGUCAAUUCCCAUUACGGAUUCUCAGCUCUCACAGCAAUCUUAGCAAUUAACUAUCUCGACAGGUUUCUCACAAGCCUUCAUUUUCAGAGAGAUAAGCCAUGGAUGAUCCAGCUCGUGGCUGUGACCUGUCUAUCUUUGGCUGCAAAAGUUGAAGAGACCGAUGUGCCACUCCUUUUAGACCUCCAAGUGGAGGAUUCAAAGUAUGUGUUUGAGACCAAAGCUAUUCAAAGAAUGGAGCUUUUAGUGCUUUCAACCCUUCAGUGGAAGAUGCACCCUGUGACUCCACUCUCAUUUCUUGAUCACAUCAUAAGGAGGCUUGGAUUGAAGACCUAUCUCCACUGGGAAUUCCUGAGACGCUGUGAGCUUCUUCUUCUCUCUGUGGUUUCAGAUUCAAGAUCCAUCGGUUAUCUUCCUUCUGUAUUGGCCACUGCUACUAUGAUGCACGUUAUAGACCAAGUUGAGCCUUGUAAUUCCAUGGAAUACCAACACCAACUUCUGGAUGUCCUUAAAAUAAGCAAGGAAAAAGUAAAUGACUGCUGCAAUCUCAUCCUUGAGCUAUCAAAUGCCUAUAAUUGCGCCCAUGAUAACCCUCAGAGUCACAAGCGCAAGUAUGAACAAGUUCCCGAUAGCCCAAGUGGUGUAAUUGAUGCUGUUUUUAGCUCGGAUAGUUCCAACGAUUAUUGGGCUGUGGGGUCCUCAGUUUAUUCAUCACCAGAGCCUCUGUUCAAGAAGAGCAGAGCCCAUGAACAGCAAAUGAAAUUGCCAUCACUCAACCGAGUCUCUGUAGGCAUUGUUGGCAGCCCACCAUGAGCUCUCUCUCUCUCUCUCCAAAAUAAGAAGGAAAAAAGAAAAAAAGAAAAAUAUAUUAUGAGUAAUUUCUCUUUUGGUGCAUGCUGAAAUGCUUUCCAGUCCAUAUAUGGCAGCAUUUCCAAUACAGUGUCCACCGUAUGUUCAAUCUCUUGGAGAGGAAACAAAUGCAAUUUAGAGGGAAAUGAAUGGCAUUUUGCAGGAAGAGGAAGGGGACUAUAUUAUUAGUUGGCAUUGAUGAACAAUAUAUAUUCGUCGUCUUCUUCUCUGUGUAUAUGUUUUUGGCACUCUUCUCCAUCUAGUACUGAGUCUCUCUUUUAGACAAUACUCCAUUUGGACAUAUUUAUAUGAUCAUAUUCUAUAAUAAAUUCAGAGCAAAUUUUGUUCA